AUGGCCAUUAACGGUGACGUCAAGGUUUCAGAAACAGCUUCGGAUAGGCCUGUUAGAGUCUACGCUGAUGGCAUCUAUGAUUUGUUCCACUUCGGUCACGCUCGCGCCAUCGAACAAGCCAAAAAAUCGUUUCCGAACACAUAUCUGCUCGUAGGAUGUUGUAAUGACGAGAUUACCAACAAGUUCAAAGGUAAGACCGUGAUGACAGAGUCCGAGCGCUAUGAAUCUCUCCGACAUUGCAAGUGGGUCGAUGAAGUGAUUCCAGACGCACCGUGGGUUCUCACCACAGAGUUUCUCGAUAAGCAUCGGAUAGACUACGUAGCUCAUGAUGCUCUUCCUUAUGCGGAUGCUAGUGGAGCUGGAAACGAUGUCUACGAGUUUGUGAAGUCUAUUGGGAAGUUUAAAGAAACUAAACGAACAGAGGGGAUAUCGACAUCAGACAUAAUUAUGAGAAUAGUGAAAGAUUACAACCAGUAUGUGUUGCGUAAUCUGGACAGAGGAUAUUCAAGAGAAGAACUCGGUGUCAGCUUUGUCAAGGCAUGCUUUCCAUUUUUAGAGAAGAGGCUUAGAGUUAACGUGAAACUAAAGAAACUGCAAGAGAAAGUGAAAGAACAGCAAGAAAAGAUACAAACCGUAGCAAAAACUGCUGGGACGCAUCAUGACGAAUGGGUUGAAAACGCUGAUCGUUGGGUUGUUGGUUUCCUCGAAAUGUUUGAGGAAGGCUGUCAUAAAAUGGGAACAGCCAUCAGAGAUGGGAUCCAGCAAAAGCUAUUGAGGCAAGAGUCAGAAGAGAACCGGCGCUUGAUUCAAAACGGACUGGCAAAUGCCAAGGAGGAACAGAUUUCUGAUGACGAUGGGUUUGCAAAAGGAGAUGAAAAGUAUCAUGAAGGUUCCUUAAAUGAGGGUAAUAAAGAGAAUAAGAUAGUAAAGAAAUGA